UAUGGACAGGAUAGGAUGAGGAGGAGGAUAGACUGACCCAAUGGAAGCAUUGCUUCCACACCACAAACGACUCAUUCCUCGUCAGAAGCUCUGCUUCUCCUCUUCCCUCUGAAACCCGUAAACACAGGGGAUUUAUCGAAUGGCAGCCUCUGCCUGUUUAAACUAUGGCACACAGGCCAUUCGUGGGCCCCAGCAGAACCGGCCCUCGAGAGACUACUGCAUUACGAACGUGUUCAUGGGAAAUACGGACUUGAAGAAGCCAGUGACUCGGGGAGUGAGGAUCGGGAAGACUGGUCUCGGGGAUUCGAGCUCGAGGCAUAGUGCCAUACGGUGCAGCAUGGGGAUAGAAGAUUUCAUUGGCGGGGACUUGCUGAAAUUCGAUCUGGGCCAAUGGCUGUCGGAUGUUGAAGAGCACAAAGCUCUCGCGAUCUAUACUCCGCAUGAGGGUGGGUACGAGGGUCGGUACUUUACACGACUCAGAUACCAGGGUUACUAUUUUCUCGACCUUACUGCACGAGGACUAGGUGAUCCGGAGACGACCCUUUUGAAAGUUCACCCUGUUUGUCCUGCACAUGUGGGUAAGCAGCCCAUAGCAAGGUGGUAUUUCCCCCCAGAAAUCGAUUACAGGCUAGAGGCUCUGCCCCCAGAAGCUAAGGGACUCGUGGUCUGGAUUAUCGAAGCAAAGGUCUUGUCAAAGUCCGAGCUGCAGUUUCUUGCUUUGCUUCCCACUCUCAGGCCGAAAGUCAGAGUUAUUGCAGAGUGUGGCAACUGGAGAAAGUUCACGUGGAAGCCGCUCAAAGAGAUCUCUGGAUUAAUGGCAGAACCAGAAGCCUGAGCAGUAGAUCCGCAUAAGAAAAGCUUCUUGACAUCUCCAAAUUUCUCCACUUGGUUCCUCAGAUCUUGUUCUUCGCCGCACCUUGUGGCCUAUCAAGCAAAACUGAUUCAUGUCUGGUGGUGCAAUGCAGCAGCCGAUAUGUUAGUCCAGGUUAGGUUUUUCUUUGUGUUGUCUGUUGUAUAGUUUAUGGAUGUUCUUUUUUUUUUGUAAAGAAAUGACGCUCGCAUUUCUGCAAACUCUGUCGAAGUAAUGAUCACACAAGCCAAAACUCAGUUCUACAAA